UCACCGGGUCGGACAGGAGGACACACGCCCAGCUGACGAAGAGAAUUAAGUUUUGCGUGCCAGGAGCAGCUUUCUAAUCUCUGAUCUCUUGGAUUAUUCCUUUCAUGGACGGGACUUAGUCCUUGUCCGUGGUUUUUUGUUUUGUUUUGUUUUGUUUUUUUUCCACAAUUUUACGCGCACUGUGCACAGUUUUUGUGCGCUCAUAUUUGCAGCUCUGGAUAUUUUACGAUGGAUUAAGCACUCAUUACUUUUAGCCUACAUUUUAAUUUGUUUCACUGGAACAAUUGUGGAUUAGUUAAAGACUCACAGGAUGCCAAGCGAUGAUGAUCUUUUGGUCACUGAAGCGCAUAACCACUUUGGAUUAAAAGCCAGUGCGUUUCCACAGCUCUUGGACAAAGCACCUGCUUAUUCUCCCGAGACCUUCGAACCUGUUUCCCUCCCUUACUGACGCACUGGGAUGGAAAUCGAGCUGAGACCAAGGCUUUGUUUUUUGGUCAAAGGAGAGCGUGGCUAUGGAUUUCAUCUGCAUGGCGAGCGGAAUAGAGGAGGACAAUUUAUCCGCAAAGUCGAGCCCGGCUCCUCGGCUGACCUGGCCGGGCUGCGACCAGGUGACCGGUUGGUGGAGGUGAACGGAGAGAAUGUAGAGAAUGAAACUCAUCAUCAAGUAGUGAACAGGAUCCGUGAGGUGCCCCACCGCACCAGACUGUUGGUGGUGGAUCGAGAAACAGAAGACUACCUCCACAGCCAUGACCUGGCCUGCACAGAGGACCUGGCCAUUGAGAUGGGAACCCUCUCCCCACGCCCCUCUCCUGGACAGACACCCUGCAUCUCUCCCAGAGCUAAUUCACCCAUGACGCCCAGCUACACUCCUAUGUUUCAUUAUCCUGCUGCAGAGUCACCCACUCGCAUGAUCACACAAGGCAAGGUCAAGAGCUCCUCAGUGACUUCAAGUAUAGUGACAGACCCGGAGCUGCAGGUCGGGCCUUCACCAGAGCCAGCCGUUGAGCUCCUUCCCCGUCUGUGUCACAUGGUAAAGGGACAGCAAGGCUAUGGCUUUAACCUGCACAGUGAUAAGAAAAAGCGUGGACAGUUUGUACGUGCCGUGGAUCUCGACUCACCCGCUGAGGGUUCAGGCAUGCGUCCUGGAGACAGAAUAUUGGAGGUGAAUGGAGUGACCACAGAGGGCCUGAGGCACUCAGAAGUCGUAGGGCUCAUCAGAGCAGCAGGGGAUGAAGUACGCCUCCUAGUGGUGGACCAGGAGACAGAUGAGCUCUUUAACAGACUGGGAAUCAUACCUACUAUCACCCACAUUAAAGAGGUGUGUGUGGAUGACCCAGCCCCUGAGAGUGAGCCACCUACGCCCUCUCCAACCACUGAAUUCUCUGCCACAGAUGCACCGAUAAUAAACGUCACCAUGACAAACUCCCUGAUUACAAAACUCUCUCCCAAGUCCCGUACCAAUGGCAGCUCAGCAUCCCAGUCCUCCAGAAGUUCCACCACCCAGUCAGAGAUCAGCAGCUCAGACAUGAGCUUUCAGAUCCCUGAUGAGGAUGACAGUCAUAUUCCAGACCCUUUUAUGGACAGUGGUCUGCGUCUUAGCCCAACAGCUGCCGAGGCUAAGCAAAAGGUCCUGGGCAGCCGCAACAGGAAAAGAGCACCCCCUAUGGACUGGAGCAAGAAACACGAGAUCUUCAGCAACUUCUGACCCCAGUAAGGGGUAAAAUAAGAGACUGAAACAAAGUGGGGAUUGAUAUCAUGAUUGCUGUAGGAGCAUAGCUUCACUUUGCAAAGGCAUGUGAAAGGAAAGAGGUGCAAGAAGAUAAACUGUAUAAGGAAAGGAACAUUUGUGGUAAUAUUCUUAAAUUUUAUUCUGUGUACAAAAUCAUUUUAAGAUAUUGCAUAAUAUUGUCUAUAUGUCUACUUUCCAGUGUCUUUAAGGACCAAGACAUGCCCUGUGGAUGUGUCAGGAAUCUGGCUGUAUUAAACAACGACAUUUGAUGACUGGCAAACCAUUUACUGUUCCUAUGGUGCCCAGACCACAGAGAGUGUGUGAAAUCAUAGCAAUUUCAGAGCCAUGAGCACAGUGCUCUCAUGUCUCUAUGAUAUUAUGGGUACCUGCUGUAUUUGCUGUAGAUAAAUGUUUCUUUUUUUCCUCUGUAUAUAUCUAUGUCUAUAUAUAUAUCUAUAGAUAAAGCUUUUUUUGGAAAUUAUUUUUUCAAUUAUAAAUGAAGCCUUCAGACUGGCGUCCUGGAGUAGGUAGUCACCAUAUGUGUGCAAUAUCUCAGAUUAGAUACCGUGUGACUUUUAAAUGUGAAUUCAGGGCAAUAUUAUAUAUGAUGUUUAAUCACUUCAGCACUUUUCUUAAAUGGUCCACAGUGAUUUCUGCACCGGAAAAUAUUUAAAAGAUAGACUAAGUAGCUUCUGAUUACUUGUUUUAGCUUUGUAAAUUAUUUUCUUGUCCGUGUGCCCAUUUAUUUCUCGCUGUGUGAAAUAAACUUUCAUAAUAUGAGCAAAAUGCAACAGUAGUGUUGUAAUAUCCAGGUCUGACAAGCAUUUAUGUGCAAGGCCAAUCCUAAACUUCAUCCAGCUGCUCCUGUUUGGGGUCACCUCAGCAGAUCAUCCAUUUCCAACACUUCCUGUUGUCAUAUUCCUCUGUCGCACAUGUCGCCAUCUCUCGUCAUCUCCACAAACCUCGUAUUUGCUCUUUUC